UACAAACGUGAGCAGAGUGCAUUCAGCUACAGUAGGCGGAGUAAUUUGUUUGUGACAGUGGUCGACGCAGUUGGACGUCGGUACCUGAAAAAAUCGUGCGGCUUACCAAGUUAUUGAAAAGACCGAGACCUUAAAAGUUUUCAUAUUUUCACAAGUGUCGAAGAGUUUAGAAAUUCGGCUGCAUUUUGAUAAGGUGAGUGCACUUUAGACGGAAGCGAAGAUGCCACUGUCCAGGUCCCUGUCGAUGACGUCAUUGAGUGGCCUCCCAAUUUGGGAGGAUGAAAAUUUACCCGUGGAAGAUUUACUCCUGUUUGAGGUCGCUUGGGAGGUAACCAAUAAAGUUGGAGGAAUCUACACAGUAAUCCAGACAAAGGCAAAGCUCACCGUGGAUGAAUGGGGGGAGAACUUCUUCAUGGUGGGGCCAUAUUAUGAGCACAACUUCAAGAUGCAGGUGGAGGAGUGUGAGGCACCAAACCCAGCCAUACAGAAGGCCAUGGAGACCCUGAACAACAAUGGCUGUCAGGUACGCUUUGGACGCUGGCUGAUCGAGGGCAGUCCCUAUGUGAUUCUGUUUGACAUCGGCUCUGCUGCCUGGAAUUUGGAUCGGUGGAAGGGGGAAUUCUGGGACACCUGCGGGAUUGGACUUCCUUUCCAUGACAGAGAAGCCAACGAUUCCCUUAUCUUUGGAUCACUGAAUGCCUGGUUCUUCAAAGAGUUGACAGACCAGCUCCAGGACAAACCCCAUGUCAUUGCCCACUUCCAUGAGUGGCAGGCGGGACCGGGUCUCAUACUGUGCCGUUCACGGAACAUCCCAAUGGCAACCAUCUUUACGACGCACGCCACCCUGCUGGGCCGCUAUCUGUGUGCUGCAAAUGUGGAUUUCUACAAUAAUCUGGACAAGUUCAACAUCGACAAGGAGGCUGGAGAAAGGCAGAUUUACCACCGGUACUGUCUGGAGCGAGCGUCGGUCCACUGCUCCCACGUCUUCACCACCGUCUCUGAGAUCACUGCCAUCGAGGCUGACCACAUGCUGCACAGGAGACCAGAUGUGGUAACACCAAACGGUCUGAACGUGAAGAAGUUCUCUGCCAUGCAUGAGUUUCAGAAUCUGCACUCCACAAACAAAAGCAAAAUCCAGGAGUUUGUUCGAGGACACUUUUAUGGACAUCUUGACUUCAAUCUGGAGAAAACUCUAUUUUUCUUCAUUGCCGGCCGGUAUGAGUUCUCCAACAAGGGGGCAGACAUCUUUUUGGAGUCCCUGUCCAGGCUCAAUUACUUGCUUAGGGUGCACAGGAACGAUGUCACUGUGGUGGUGUUCUUUGUAAUGCCCGCAAAGACCAACAACUUCAACGUGGAGUCUCUGAAGGGGCAGGCUGUACGCAAGCAGCUCUGGGACACUGCUCAUUCCGUUAAAGAGAAGUUUGGCAAGAGGCUCUAUGAUGCCCUGUUAAAAGGGGAAAUCCCUGACAUGAAUAAAAUCCUGGACAAAGAUGACUUCACUAUUAUGAAGAGGGCCAUAUACUCUACUCAGAGACACACCCUACCCCCAGUGACCACUCAUAACAUGCUGGACGACACCACUGACCCCAUCCUGGCCAACGUGCGUCGUAUCAGUCUCUUCAACGCCCGCACCGAUAGGGUUAAGAUAGUGUUCCAUCCGGAAUUCCUGUCUUCCACCAGUCCAUUGCUUCCCAUGGAUUAUGAGGAGUUUGUGCGCGGUUGCCACCUGGGUGUUUUCCCCUCUUACUACGAGCCCUGGGGCUACACACCAGGUGAGUGUACAGUGAUGGGGAUCCCCAGUGUGACCACCAACCUGUCUGGGUUUGGUUGCUUCAUGGAGGAACAUGUCUCAGAUCCUGCAGCGUAUGGGAUCUACAUUGUGGAUCGGCGGUUCCGGUCAGCCGAUGAGUCCUGUAGCCAGCUCACACAGUUCAUGUUUGGGUUCUGCCAGCAGUCCCGUCGGCAACGCAUCAUCCAGCGGAAUCGCACUGAGAGGCUAUCGGACCUGCUGGACUGGAGGUAUCUGGGAAGGUUCUACAUACAUGCUCGACACCUGGCCUUAAGCAGAGCCUUCCCAGAAAAGUUCAAAAUGGACCCAAUCGCACCUCCACAGACGGAAGGUUUCCGCUUCCCCCGUCCUCCCUCUGUGCCUCCCUCUCCCUCUGCCUCGCUGCACUCCACCCCUCACCACAGCGACGAGGAAGAUGAGGAGCCUUACGACCAUGACGAGGAGGCCGAGCGUGACCGACAAAACAUCAAAUCACCCUUCACAUUGGGGGCAGUAUUUCACCGCAAGAAGAGGCAGCCUAAGGAGAACAGUAACUGAGGAAACCCCCUGAUAGCCACUGCCAGCUCACACAAACCUCUUUCCUUUUUUCAACAACUCAGCCCACAGCUCUCAUUCCCACUGAGCCUCCCUCUCUGGCUAUUCCCAUAACCUAGCC